UAGUAAGGGUAGAGGGAGAGAGACAGAGCUAGGGCUAAACUUGAAGGGAGACUGACAAGUGGGAAAGAGAGAGGCACAGUGAAAAGAAAGAAAUUGGCAAACAGCUUCUUCUCUUUCACAGGUAAAAAGCAUCCUAUUGCACUUGGACAGGGAACUUGUUGCUGAUUUUUGGCAGUGGUUUGAAGGUGUCUGUAUUUUCACAUUUGUGUGAUGAGAUAAAUUGUAAAAGGCACCAAUCCACAAGAAGUGUCUGCAGGAGGAAUGAUAGGGUCCUUACCAGUGGAGUGCCUCUGACAGACAAGUUUGAGUGCUUGGGAUCUUGUCUCUUGUAGCUUGUGGGCUGUGCUUGUGAAAGCUGGUAGAAGCAUGUUGGGUUAACCAGGGCAGCGAUCUGUACUCUCUGCCUAGCUGCCUGCCCUCUCACCUGGGUGUGGAUGUGUGUGGAGAGAAGCAGGGAGAGAUCCCAGCCUGCAGUGCUUGAUUCAGGGUCCAGGGAGGUGUGUGGAGCUGUGUGCUGUCAGCAGGGGAUGGUUGUUGAAGCUGAAGCUGUCUGGGUUUGCAGCUGGAGUGAGGAGGGAGAUUAUGGAAGCCUGGGGGCCUUGUCUGGGCUGCGUCUUGCUCCUUUAUCUUUGUGUUGGACUGAGAGGAUGCCGAGGCCAAAGCAGACACACAACACAAGAAGACUUUUUGAAGGAGCUCGGGGACUAUGAGUGGGCAGUUCCGGAAAGACUAGAUUACCAUGGAGAUUUUCUCAGCUAUGAAGUCACUUCCCCCUGGAGACGGGACAGAGCAAGGCGGAGUCUGGAGUCGGCUUCCAAUGGGAUUCCUGAGUCACAGCUGUUCUACAGAGUCUCGGCCUAUGGGAAGCUCUUUCACCUGAACCUAACCCUGAACACCAACUUAGUCUCGGAGCAUUUCACUGUGGAAUACUGGGAUGGGCAGGGUCUGGAAUGGCGCCAUGGUUACGUGGAGGAUUGUCAUUAUGUAGGCCACAUACACAGCCAGAACAUGGAGACUACAGUAGCAAUAAGUAAUUGCAAUGGACUGCGUGGCGUGAUUGUGACUUCAGAUGAGGAGUACUUCAUUGAACCGGCCCAGAACAGCUCCACAUCGACCCCUAGUGCCCACCCCCAUGUGCUGUACAGGCGUUCAGCAGUCCAGCAGCUGCAGCGCAGGGUAGAGAUGCGCUGUGGGGUCACAGAUGACUAUGUUGGCAGCUCCAGGCCAUGGUGGCUGCAGAAUGCCCCCAGUCACACUGCCCCCAGCUGGCGGGAGUCUAGAGCACAGGCUCGACGAGGCCGGCGGUCUAUCAGCACGGAGCGCUUUGUGGAGACUAUGGUUGUGGCUGACAAGAUGAUGGUGGGAUAUCACGGCCGAGGGGAUAUUGAGCACUACCUCCUCACCGUCAUGAAUGUUGUUGCCAAACUCUACCAUGAUGCCAGUAUUGGCAAUGCCAUUCACAUUGUGGUGACUAGACUGGUGCUGCUGACUGAAGACCAGCCAAACCUGGAGAUCAACCACCAUGCUGAUAAAUCCCUGGACAGCUUCUGUAAGUGGCAGAAGACACUGAACACGCAGAGCCAGGACAGUAAAGCCAGCGGGAUCCCCCACCAUGACAAUGCCGUGCUCGUCACCCGCUACGACAUCUGUACCUACAAGAACAAGCCAUGCGGGACCCUGGGGCUGGCCCCAGUCUCAGGGAUGUGUGAGCCGGAGCGGAGCUGCAGCAUUAACGAGGAUAUUGGCUUGGCUUCUGCCUUUACCAUCGCGCACGAGGUCGGGCACAAUUUUGGGAUGAACCACGACGGGGCAGGAAACCCCUGUGGAACCAAAGACAAUGAGUCGGCCAGGAUCAUGGCAGCGCAGCUGGCAUCCAACACCGACCCCUUCGCCUGGUCUGCCUGCAGCCGUAAAUACAUCACCCGCUUCUUAGACUCAGGCCGUGGUGACUGUUUGAAGAACUCUCCCCCAAAGCGAGUCUUUGUGUACCCCACCUCCCUCCCGGGACAGCAGCACGAUGCAGACGAGCAGUGCAGAUUCCAGUAUGGCAGCGCCUCCCGUCAGUGCAACUACGGGGAAGUGUGUAGAGAGCUCUGGUGCAUUAGCAAGAACAACCGCUGCAUCACCAACAGCAUCCCAGCCGCAGAGGGGACCGUGUGCCAGACCAGCACCAUCGACCAGGGGUGGUGUUACCAGGGACUGUGUGUACUACUAGGGACUCAUCCCAGUCAGGUGGAUGGAUCAUGGGGUCCCUGGUCCGCUUGGGAACAGUGCAGCCGGACGUGUGGUGGAGGAGUCGCCUUAUCCUACAGGCAAUGUGACAACCCAGUUCCCUCACACGGAGGUAAAUUUUGCUUGGGAGAGAGAAAACGCUACAGAUCAUGCAAUGUGGAGGACUGUCCAGACAGUUCAGUGGAUUUCCGUGAAAAACAGUGUGCUGACUUUGAUCAGCGGCCCUUCAGAGGGAAAUACUACACCUGGAAGGCGUACACUGGAGGUCAGAUGAAAGCGUGCUCAUUAAACUGCCUGGCAGAAGGUUACAACUUCUACACGGAGCGUGCUCCGGCUGUGAUUGACGGGACUCCUUGUUACUCUGACUCUACUGACGUCUGCAUCAAUGGUGAAUGCAGAAGAGUGGGGUGUGACCGGCAGCUGGGCUCCGAGAUGGUGGAGGAUGAGUGCCGGGUGUGUGGAGGAGACGGAAGCUUGUGCGAGAGAGUGCAAGGAGAGUUCAAUGUCACGCUGCCACGUGGAGCUUACCAGGAGGUGGUCUUGAUCCCAAAAGGAGCCAUCCAUAUCAAAGUCUCAGAAGUUGUUGUGUCCAAAAACUACCUUGCGUUGAAAUCCAUGGGAGGAGAUUUCUACCUCAAUGGGGGCUGGACAAUCGACUGGCCCAGGAAAUUCACUCUGGCCGGGACUACUUUCAACUAUAAGAGGCCGGCAGAUGAGCCGGAAUCCUUGGAAGCCCUUGGACCGACCACAGAAGUCGUGGUUGUCAUGGUGCUGCUACAGGAGCCCAGUCAGAGGAUUCAGUUCAGCUUCAACAUGCCAGCGUCUCGCUCAGGGAGUGGAGAGGCAGAGGACGUGGCUUUCACCUGGCAGCUCACACCCUGGACAGAGUGCUCCACUACCUGUGCUGGAGGGACCCAGAAGCAGGAAGUCGUCUGCUGGAGGCUAGAUGAUGGCUCCCUAGUCCAGAGCAGUUACUGUGAUCCUACUAUAAAACCUCCAGGCCAGCAGAGGCGCUGCAGUGAGGAACCCUGUCCGGCUGAGUGGUUUAUCGGGGAGUGGGGAGAGUGCAGCCGGAGCUGUGGCGGAGGGGAGCGCUCUCGGGUGGUGCUGUGUGUCAGGAGGCUGGGCCCAGCGGAAGAGGAGACUCUAGAGGAGAAGCAGUGCCUCACCAAGCAGCCCAGAGACAGGGAGGUCUGCUCCACACAGGCCUGCCCCCAGCGCUGGGUGACACAUGACUGGUCUGAGUGCAACCCAUCAUGUGGCCCUGGGUUCAAGCACAGGAUCGUUGAGUGCAAAAGCAGCGACCUGAACAGGACCUUCCCUGCAUCUCGCUGCGCUGAGGAGAUGAAGCCUCCAGUUCGCAUGCGCUGCAGCCUGGGCCGCUGUCCCCCUCCUCGUUGGCUCACCGGGGCCUGGGGGCUGUGUUCGGCGCAGUGCGGUCAAGGACAGCAGCUGCGAACAGUCCAGUGUCUGAUGCACAGCGGCCAGCCCUCAGACAAGUGUGAGGAUUCUCUGCGGCCAGCCCCUACCCAGCAGUGUGAGUCCAAGUGUGACCUCAGCCCCAGCAUCCACACUGAAGACUGCAAAGAUGUCAACAAAGUUGCUUACUGCCCCCUGGUCUUAAAAUUCAAAUUCUGCAACAGAGCGUACUUCAGACAGAUGUGCUGCAAGACAUGUCAGACACAUUGAAAAACAGAAUCCAUUUUAUAGCAAACAGCACCACCUAGCAGAGUGGAGGAAUCAAAAUCCACAUCCAAUAUGCUGGGGAUUCUGGAUCAUCACAUCCAAGCCACCAGGGAAAUUCUAAUGAUUGUAUUAUCGGUAUAGUGUGAGAAAGCUGUAAAACUCCUUGUCUGCAAUAAUGAAAAUGAAUGUUGUCACGGAACAUACCAUGUGAUCUACUAGGGCUAUAUAAGAUGUAAAUGAACUAUUCAGCUACAAUCAUAAAAAAGCAGAAAGAUUUUUGUGAAUUCACAAUGGCUACCUUGACCAAUAUGUCCAUUAAGACAGUGGCCUGUAACCCAUGGGAGUGCCACAGCCAAUGCAAUGCGCCCUGUGGAAUCCCCAGCAGAGAUUGGCAACUUUGCAGCACUAGGAUGCAAACCUGCAUUCCUGACUGUUAGACUCACCCUGCGCACCACACAGCUGUGCCUUUACCAGGUGAGCCAGUCGGGGCUGGGG